AUGAUAUAUAGACAAGAAGGUGAUACACCAUAUUUACCAAUAUGGGCAUGGUGUUAUCUAAUAAUUACUGGGAUAAUAUUUAUAUGUACAGUGAUUACAUUGUGUUAUACACGUAAAUGGUUAUGUUUUGGACAAAUUGUUAAAAAGCAAUGGUGUGAUAAAAAUUCUGAUAGUAUUCAAAAAGACAUUCAUGGAUAUGUUAAUAAAUCGACGGAUAUAAUGUGCGAAAAUAAACACAAUGAACUUCAUACAACAUAA